AUGGCGCAGAAGUGCGUGCACAAAGGGUGUGGAAAGGUGUUCACCGAUCCAGAGGAGGAAUGUGUGUAUCAUCCCGGUCCUCCAGAAUUUCAUGAAGGACAGAAAGGCUGGAAGUGCUGCAAGCCCCGCGUCCUGACCUUUGACGAGUUCCUCGCCAUUCCACCUUGCACCACGGGCAAGCACUCGGCCGUUGACGACACGCCUGCUCCAGCACCGAAUCCUGGCGUCGCGGAUGCCGCCAACAUCAUAUCUGCAGCGCCGAUACCCGCCCCUGUCCCCGUCACACGACCUCUAGGACCUAGCCUGGCUGCUGCCCGACAACCCACCCCUUCAACGACACCGAAGCCAGAACCUCCCGAAGACGAAUCUGAUGAUCCAGAGGCUGAGUUUCCCCCAGGUGCAUCAUGCAAAAGACGAGGUUGUGGCAAGUCGCGGGACGAUAAAAUCCCUCGCGAACAUGAGGAGUGCAUAUAUCACCCUGGUGUCCCUCUAUUCCACGAAGGGAGCAAGGGCUGGACGUGUUGCAAGAGGCGGGUGCUCGAGUUUGACGAGUUCAUGAAGAUAGAAGGCUGCAAGAAGCGCAAGAAACAUUGCUAUGUCGGGAAGAAGAAAAGCACAGACGGCCAAGGUGCGAGGACGCAGCAGGGCCAGGAGGAACUACUCGCGGAUGUGCGGAAUGACUUCUACCAGACUCCCUCGAGCGUGAUCGUCAGUUUCUACCUGAAGAAAAUCGACAAGGAUAGAGCCAAAGUGGACUUUAAAGAGAGUGGGCUGGAAAUCGAUCUCGACCUCCCGACAAGCGACGGCAAGCGAUACACGAAGACGAUUCCGCUGUUUGCACAGAUUGAGCCGGACAAAUCCCAAUUCAAGAUCAUGGGCACUAAGCUUGAGAUGGUCCUGUUCAAGAAUGAUGCCACCAUUAGUUGGUCCACACUCCGGAGUGAUGAAAAGGGAACGGGCGAGAGGAUUCAACUAGGGAGAGCUGGCAGGGCAUAA